CGGAAUUGUAACCCACAAAAGUAGCUCUGACAAAGAACGGUAAAAUGCUUGAUUUAACUACGUUUGCUCUCUUCAAAAUUGGGGUUGGAUGCUUGCGACCUAACCUUGUGCAUGUCAACCCGAGCAUACAUGCCUAGGGUGUUUGUACACGUACUCACAAAAUGGAAAUUGUCACGAUAGCACGUCUGAAGGAGUUCCGGGUUUAUUACUUUUGUUUCGUAUUGUGCCUCGCUGGCUUUUGCUUUGGAUAUGAUAGCGGUAUAGUCGGAGGUGUCUUGACGCUAGAUUCGUUCAACAGGGACUUUAAGAUACAGGAUCAUCAGCGAACUGUCGUCGGUUCUUUGAUAGUCGGCUUACAGCAAGCUGGUGCCAUUGUCUCUUCGAUAGCCAGUGCUCCUCUCAGUGAGCGCAUCGGCCGUCGUAAAGCCAUUAUAGUGUCCUGCAUCGUUUUCAACAUUGGCGUUCUCUUAGAAGUGCUUCCGGUACACUCCCUCCAACUUUUCUAUGUUGGACGGGUUAUCGCAGGCUUAGGGCUGGGAAGCUGCUUCUCUGUUGCGCCGAUGUAUCUGGCUGAAAUGGCGCCAAAAGAAAUCCGCGGCCGCUUAGGCUCGUGUCUACAAUGGAUGUUUACCUGGGGCAUGCUAGUCUCAUACUUGGUGGACCUGGCCGUUGCUAAACUGAUGGGUCCUAUCACAAUGCAAUGGCAAAUACCCUUGGGCUUGCAAAUGGUCCCAGCAGGGCUCCUUGGUCUGGGCCUCUGGACACAAAGGGAGAGCGUACGCUGGCUGCUUAAAAAGGGCAGACGCGACGAGGCAUGGCAGAGUUUGAAAUGGAUUCGUGCUGACGAUGCAAGUGUCAAACUUGAAUUCGAUGAGAUGCAGCUCAGAAUCCAGAAAGAGAUGGAAGCCUCACAGGCCUUCCGCAAACGCGAGCUAUUGGAACCCGCCAACCGUCACAGGCUGCUUAUUGCUUUUCUUACUUGUCUAUGCCAACAAAGCACAGGUGCGCCGGCUCUCGCAUAUUUUGGACCGCAGUUUUUCACAAUUCUGGUUGGCCAUGGCCAGCAAGCGCUGACUAUCACGGCCUUUUUCGGUGUCAUCAAGAUUGUCGCCUGCGGAGUGUUUGUGAUAUUCCUGUCUGAGCGCCUCGGUCGACGACAAGUUUUUAUCCUAGGUGGACUUGGUAUGGCGGCUUGUAUGAUUCUUACUGGAGUCUUGCUUAAAACUUUCCCCCCAUCUGCGGAAGGCGGCGCGUCCUCGGCCAGUAUUGCUACUGUUGCGCUGAUUUUCAUCAAUAUCGCAUUCUACAACUCUUCCUGGGGGCCCUUUGCGUAUUUGUAUAUAGCAGAGAUUUUCCCUGUGAGAAUUCGAGAGAUUGGUGUCGCCGUUGGUAUAGCGUCCAUGUGGACGUUUACAUGUGCGUAUUCGUUUGCAACACCGUACAUGAUGGAGUAUAUGGGCUGGGGCACAUUCAUAUACUACGGAGUAGCUGAUGUAUGUAUGGCUCUCUUUGCGUUCUUUGUCAUGAAGGAGACGCAUGGUGUUGCCCUGGAAGAAAUGGACGAGCUGUUUCAGCGUCGAACGACCGGUCAUUAUGCUGAUGAUAUGGGAAGAAUUGACAUUAGAGAAGCUGCUGAUGCAAAACAAGGCAUGGAAGAGACUAAAAUAGGCCAUUGAUAGAAGAUAGAACACUGUUCAAGGAGGACGAAUAAAAUUGUAUGAAUUUUCUCUC